AUGGAUUGGCAACCGCAAGAUGAGCCAUUGAGGCAGCUGGCCUGCUGCCUCAGGGACUCGCUGAACAGCGUGGACCCUCAGCUCCGAAAACAAGCAGAAAAUGUACCCGACCCCGUUCUUUUCACCAUGCUCUCGCAAGCGACUUCCUCCCCGGACUAUGUCAACUAUAUCACAUACCUGUUCUCCACGCCGCAGGUUCCUGCCGCCGUGGCCGCCGUGGGUAUCGACCCCAAUACUUACGGCCUUGUCCGAUUCUCCGCCACCAUGAACAUGAAGAUGAAGCUUUCGCUGGCCUACAGCACAAUUCCUCAGCAGAGCCUGAAUUUCAUCCGCUCCGCCGCCCUGAUCGCCCUGCGGGAUGACGACCGCCAGGUCCAGCGAGGUGUUGGCAGUAUUAUUACCGAGCUGGUGCAAAAGGGUGGGCUGCUGGCCUGGCCCGAGGUACUGCAGGAGCUGCUAUCUCUCGUUGGUAACGACCCGGGCGACGUCUCCGUCGCCUCCCAGGAAGCGGCAAUGGCAGCCUUGUUCAAGGUGUGCGAGGAUAAUCGCAAAAUCCUAGACCGAGACUACGCCGGACAACGCCCACUCGACGUGAUCAUUCCGAAGCUGCUGGAAUUUACCACUCGCGAGAGCUCUCGAGUACGCUCGCUCGCCCUGAACAGCAUCCAUGUCUUCCUCCCCCACCAGCCGCAUGCGUUGAUGGCUUCCUUGGACGUUUUCUUGUCACAACUAUUCAACCUCUCCGGCGAUCAAGACACCGAAGUGCGAAAGAUGGUGUGCCAGUCAUUCUCGCAGUUGGUGGAGUUCUCGCCGGAGAAGCUCAUUCCGCACAUGGAGGGCCUGGUCAACUACAUUCUCAUGCAGCAGCAAACCCAGGAGGACCCGGAGCUUGCUCUUGAUGCGGCCGAGUUCUGGAUUGUUGCUGGUGAGCAGCAGAGCCUGCAGCAGCCCCUGGCCCCUUACAUGCACAAGGUUAUUCCGGUUCUGCUUCAGAACAUGGUCUACGAGGAGGACGACGUUAUUCGUCUGAUGGGCGAUGAGGACGAUGCUGAUGCUGAGGACCGUGCGGAAGAUCUGAAACCCAAGUUCGCUAAAUCGAAGGGCGCUCGUCUGGAUACAUCAAAGCUGGGUGAGCAGACGGCCAAUGGCCAGCCGCAGCAGUCUCAGCAGGAGGAUGAUGAGGACGAUCUCAGCGAGGGUGAGAUUGAGGACUCCGAGUUUGGGGACGAUCCCGAGGGCGAGUGGACACUGCGCAAAUGCUCCGCUGCCGCACUGGAUGUUUUCUCGAAUGUUUACCAUGAUCAAAUCUUUACGAUAAUCCUGCCGUACCUGAAGGAGACCCUUCGUCAUGAGCAGUGGCCCAAUCGUGAAGCGGCUGUCCUCACUCUUGGUGCCGUUGCUGAUGGCUGCAUGGAUGCGGUCACUCCUCAUCUCCAUGAGCUGGUCCCGUACCUGAUCUCUCUGCUGAACGAUGCCCAGCCGGUUGUGCGACAGAUUACCUGUUGGUGCUUGGGACGGUACUCGGAAUGGGCGUCACACCUCCAGGACCCGAGCCAGAAGCAACAGUACUUCGAGCCGAUGAUGGAAGGUAUUCUUACCCGCAUGCUUGACAACAACAAGAAGGUGCAGGAAGCUGCGGCGUCGGCGUUCGCCAGCUUGGAAGAGAAGUCGGACGAUAACUUGAUCCCCUACUGCGAGCCUAUCCUCCGCCAGUUUGUCCAGUGCUUCGGCAAGUACAAGGACCGCAACAUGUACAUCCUUUACGACUGUAUCCAGACGCUAGCCGAGUGCGUCAUGACCGAACUGGCGAAGCCGCAGCUUGUCGAUAUCCUCAUGCCUGCUCUGAUCGACCGUUACAAUCACGUCACGGAUCAGUCGCGGGAGCUGUUCCCCCUGCUCGAAUGUCUGGGCUACAUCGCUAAUGCAUACGGCGAUGCCUUCGCACCAUUCGCUCCUCACAUCUUCCAGCGGUGCACCAAGAUUAUCUACCAGAAUCUCGAGGAGUUUAUUGCUUCUCAGAACAACGAGGCCAUUGAUGAGCCUGACAAGGACUUCCUGGUUACCAGCUUGGAUCUUCUUAGUGCCGUCAUCCAGGCUAUCGACCCGCAAAAGAGCGGCGAGCUGAUCGCAAGCUCCCAGCCCCGUUUCUUUGACCUGCUUGGCUACUGUAUGCAGGACCCCAACUAUGAGGUCCGCCAGUCCUCAUACGCUCUGCUGGGCGACUGUGCCAUCAGCAUCUUCCCUCACCUGGAGCCUUUCAUCCCCACUAUCAUGCCGGUUCUCAUCAAGCAGCUCGACCUGGACCUUAUCCGGGAUGACGACCGCCACACCGGCUUCAGUGUGCUGAACAACGCCUGCUGGUCCUGUGGUGAGAUCGCAGUCAACGAGAAGGCAGCGCUCUCCCCAUAUGCGGAGAAGCUGUAUCACGCGCUCCUGGCCAUCAUGGCUAAUGAGGAGAUCAUCGACUCUGUCAAUGAGAACGCCGCCAUGGCCCUGGGGCGACUUGGACUCUGCUGUCCCGAUUCGCUGGCUCCUCAACUCCGCGUAUUCGCCAGUCCGUUCCUGAAGUCGAUGAGCAAGAUCGACUUCACGCGCGAGAAGGCAUCUGCCUUUUUGGGCUUCAACAACGUGGUUAUGAAGAAUCCCCAGGCGAUGGAGGCCAGUCUGGCGGACUACUUCCAGGCUAUUGCGUCGUUCCCGAGCAAGUCGCUAUCUCAGGAGGAAUACCGGGAUAUCCAGACCUCAUUCCAACAGGUCCUGCAAGGCUAUAAAAACAUGAUACCCAACUUCGAUUCGUUCCUCUCGCAGCUUUCUCCCCCCGUGGCCCAGAAACUGCGUUCGGCCUACCAGGUUUAA